AUGGACCCACGAAACCUGACAGGAACCAUACAAUUUCUUCUUCUGCGAUUUUCAGAGGAAGCAGCCUUGGAGCCCUUUCUAUUCGGGCUCUUCCUGUCCAUGUACCUGAUCACCGUGCUGGGGAACCUGCUCCUCAUCCUGGCCGUCAGCUCAGACCCCCACCUCCACACACCCAUGUACUUCUUCCUGUCCAACCUGUCCUUCGUGGACAUCUGCUUCACCUCUAACACCAUCCCCAAGAUGCUGGUGAACAUCCAGACUCACAGCAAGGCCAUCAGCUAUGACGGGUGCCUCACCCAGAUGUAUUUUUCCAUCUUUCUUGGUGGGCUGGACAACUCUCUCCUGACGGUGAUGGCCUAUGACCGCUAUGUGGCCAUCUGCCACCCCCUGCACUAUAUGGUCAUCAUGAACCCCCGGCUAUGUGUGCUAUUGGUGCUGGCGUGCUGGGGGGUCAGUGCCCUGCAUUCCUUAAUGCAUAGUCUCAUGGUGUUGCGUCUGUCCUUCUGUGCUGAUGUGGAAAUCCCUCAUUUUCUCUGUGAACUCAAUGAGGUGGUCCACCUGGCUUGUUCUGACACCUUCCUUAAUGAUGUGGUAAUCUACUCUUCAGCCGGAGUUCUGGGGGGCGGCCCCCUUACUGGGAUCCUUUACUCCUACUCUAAGAUUGUCUCCUCCAUACGCAGAAUCUCCUCAGCUCAGGGCAAGUAUAAAGCGUUUUCCACUUGUGUGUCUCACCUCUCCGUGGUCUGUUUGUUCUACGGUACAGGACUCUGUGUGUACCUGAGCUCUGCUAGCACCCAGAAAUCACAAUCCAUUGCAGUGUCCUCUGUGAUGUACAUGGUGGUCGCCCCCAUGCUGAAUCCCUUCAUCUACAGCCUCAGGAACAAAGACAUCAAGGGCGCUCUGAGAAGCCUCACUGGAAAAAAUACAAUGAAAGCAAAAUCAUCUGAGGUCUGA